CAGCCUGGUGACUCAUUUGCUGAUGCAUCAGGCCGCCCACCCAGUUGCCACGAAGCACGCGGUGAGGGGGUGGGCAGCAACAAAGCCGCAGCUGUUUCCAGGUAGCCUCUCCUGACUCACGAGAAACCCCUGCCUGUGCCCCUCCCUCGCGGCGGGCUUGCCAGCACCACCGGGCAGACAGGCAGGCCCUUUCCUGCUCGCAGGGGAAGGGAAGCGUCGGGUUCGCCCCGUCCUCGCCUCGCGGCGCCCACCACCACCCGCCCGCUCCUUCGCCUCGCAAGAGCCUACCCGGCGGGGUCCUCUCCGACCCGCUGCUCCGAGUCCCGGCAGUGCCAGCCGCCGCCUGAAGAGCCGCCCCUCUUCCUCCUCCGCGCCGUCUCUCCAGUGGCAUCCGCGUCCCGGGCUCUCGUCCUUCGCUGGAUCCGCUCCGGGUUUCUCCGGAUUCCGACGCCGGGGAAGGGAAGAUCCAGGCCGGGUCUCGUCUUUCGCUCAGCCCCAGCCCACCGCUCCCUCCCCUCCGGCCGCCGCCGCCGCCUUCUCCCCUGCUCGCCCAUCCUCAGCGUUUCCUUCGCCCGCCGCUCCCCGGGGCUGGACCGGUUGCCCGCAGGCUGCCCGGCCGGGAGGGCAGCGGUGGCCCGCCCGUCGACUCCGGGAGGAGCGGCGGAGGACGACCAUGCACCGAGUUGUCUCCAACCAGCGCUCGGUCUCCUCCUCCUCGGGCUCCUUUCAGGCUCCCCCGCCGCCUCCCCCCGCCGCAGACCUGCAGCCCCUUUUCCUGGGCGGCGGCGGCGGCGGCACCAGCAGCACCAGCAGCUCGAGCGGCGGCACUCGGAGGGGCAGGCGGGGCUCCGUGUCCAGCUCGGCCUCCACCCGGACUCGAGGCAGCAGCAGCGGCAGCAGUGACGACGACGAGGAGGAGGAGGAAGCCAAGCCCCUCGUGCCGGUCCAGGAGCCCAGCUCGGCGGCGGCGGCGGCUGCUGCUCCCCCUGCGCCCGCCGCCGCCUGCUCCUCGCCGGGCUCCAGCAGCACGUCCACGUCCGGCUGCAGCAUGACCGCGGGGGAGCUGUACGGGGCGCCGAUCGCUGGGCCCGGGGCGGCGGCGGGGGCUGCCGCCGGGCUGCUGUGGGCUGAGGCCGGCGGCAGGGCAGGCGGCGGCGGCGGGUCUCGCUGGGGCUACAAGGCGCUGUCCCUGGUGCUGCUGCUAGGCCAGGGCGCGCUGCUGGACCUCUACCUGAUCGCCGUCACCGACCUGUACUGGUGCAGCUGGAUCGCCACCGACCUGGUGCUGGCCGCUGGCUGGAGCAUCUUCUUCUGUCGCAAUAGCCGCGCCCGGCGGCGGGACCGGCCGUCAGGGGGAGGAGGACACCAGGUGCCGCCCCCGCCGCCCCUGCACCCUUUGCUGGGACACCCCCCGCACGGCGGAAGAGGCGCCGGGGCUGGCAAGGGCGCGGGCGCUCCUCGUGGCGGGGACUUCGCCUACGCCCACCUGGCCUGGCUGAUCUACGCCAUCGCCUUCACGCCCAAGGCGGCGCUCAUCCUGGGCACGUCCAUCCUGGAGCUGGUGGAACUGCGCCUGCCGCUGGGCGCCACCGGGUUCCGCGUCACGCUGGCGCUCUCGGCCCCUCUGCUUUACUGCCUCCUGCGGGCCAUUGGCACGGAGGGCAGCGGAGGCGACGGCUCUGGCCAGCUGCUCCUCCCGCCCCAGCCGCCUCCCCAGCACCGCGCAGCAGCCGCCUUCCUGGCCACGUGCUUGGACCUGCUGGACAGUUUCACCCUCCUGGAGCUGCUGCUGCUCCAGCCCGGCCGGCCUUCCCUGCCUCUGCCGCCAGCCCUGCGGUACAUGCUCAUCGCCGUCUAUUUCCUGUGCCUGGCCUCGCCUGUGCUCUGGCUGUACGAGCUCAACGCCCCGAGGGCGCCCGGCGCCGGCCGCCUGGCCCUGCACUGGCUGCUGCACGCUGGACUGCUGGACGCGCCCCUGCUGGGCCUGCGCUGCCUGCUGCUGGUGCGCUACCAGCAGCCGCUCUCCAUCUUCAUGCUCAAGAACCUCUUCUUCCUGGCCUGCCGGGGCCUGGAGGCCAUGGAGACCUGCUGCCUCCUCUCCUCCGCCGGUGGGCCUGGGGGCAUUGCCAAGAACGCGCCUGCUCCCUCUGUGGGGGCCGGGGCCGGCCAGCUCAGCCACUGCAUCUCGGAGAACGACAUGGGCCCGCACGGCUAUGUCAACACGCUGGCGGUCACUGCGCAGAGCUGAGGGUGAUGGGGAGGGGACCCCAAACCCAUGCCAGUGCCCACUUCUUGGCUGGCCACUUCUGUUCUCCCAACCACUCUGCACCCAUCUUUCUUUUCCUUCUAACUUCCCCAUCCUGGUCUGGUUUAUCUUCUCCUGGUUAUUUUGCAAUUCUCCCACUUUUCAGAUGAGCCAGUUCACCCAAACUCAGCCCCCUUAGUAAUGGUACCUCCUAUCCAGCCCUCUAACUCAGCACUACAUGAUUCCGUUGAUCAAUUGCAGUGUAUGUCUCUCACCUAUGUGCCUGUCCCAUUCCUGCCCCAGAAACAUCCACUACCCAUCACAAAUCCUGGGAACCCCAGUCUAUACCCAUUCUGCAGUCUCCCUGCUCUGUUUCUGUGCCAGUCAAGCCCCACUCAGCUCAGUGACUGAGGCCCUCUUUUUGAUCAUCCAUAAGCCUACUACUGAUCUCCAACUGAUGAAGCCUCAAUUACUUCAUGUGUUAUCCACAUUAUUUGGAUACUACUAGGAAUCCACUUUGUCCGCAUGGUUAAACUGUGUGUAGAGAUGUCCACACAUUGGGCAUACUUCAGUCAUAAAGUGAGCAGUGUGAUUCCCCACCUCCUAAUAAUCACAUGUUCCACUGCUGCAGUCUCUGUGCUACCCUUGCCUUAAAUCUAUUUCCUACUACCCUGUAUGCUAAUCUGCUUCUACCCCCCUUUUAUAACACAGCAGCUUUUACACACACACACACACACACCUUUUGUAGGAGGGCUUCUUCACUGGGCUCCAUCCAAGGGAUGGAGACACCAAGCACCGCUGAAGUAUCAGUCACUCCCAACCCAUUCACUGGGCUCUAGUCAUGCCAGCAAUGAGCUUAUUUUUAACCAUUCCUCAUCCCAACUCCUUGAUUCUCUCCCACAAGCUAUUCUAACUCCUUGGUGUCCUCGCCCCACACCAGAACCCAAAUCAUUUCUACUCAUUCUGUAGACUCUGUUUCAGCCACUUGAUUUGCUUCAGCUACGGACCUUUUACCAUCUUGCCUGUGUAUGGGCUUAUAGAAAUCAAGAAGGAUGGGGGUCUGUUGUUCAACUACCUAACUACAUUACCCAAACUGCGUAUUUUCCAGUCAUCUUCAUGAGCCAGUCAUAGACACAACAGGAAGGGAAAAGAUUACAUGCCUUCCAUGUUUCAGCCUUGCUCUCUCUGACCUGUCGUACUUACUUAGGUGCCUCCUACCACCACUGCCUAUAGGGAUGGGCGGGGGGCAAAAAGGGGGCAGCUGCCUCCUGGAGUACCAGGAGAAUCCCACUGGAAUGAUGACUUGCCUGAUCUAUUCUAGGUAGAUGUUCAGGUUCUCCAUAGCCUCACUUGGGCUGCUUCCCAUGCAGUGGUGGGUAGCCCAGCCAUAACGCUGGUGCUAAGUCAGACUUAGUUCAUUUUGAACGCUAACGGUGGGCUGUACCACUUCAGACUGCAGGUGAGGGCAAACAAGGUUGAAUGCUCCUCCAUAAAACAUUUCCCUCCUAGGUAUUGGGGAGGAGGGUUUAGUCUGCCUUCUCCCUGACAGGCCAGCUUUCUAUAUGCAUGGAGUUUUGUUUCGAGUUUUUUUGUAUGAAGGAACAUACAAUCAUGUGAGCUUCUACCUGCAGACUGAAGUGGUACUGCCCAGGCACAGGUUUUCCAUCUUGGCAAGAAGUAGGUCAUGGCUGGUUAGAAAUCUGUGCCUCUCCUUAGCAGUGUUGCUCAGGGUGCUGCAUCUGCUGUGCUCGUUGCUAGAGCCAAGGGCAGAUCAAGGACACCAUUUUGCUUACCAAUGGCUUCCUUUUCUACAUUCCUUCAAACAAGCUGACUACUCAAGAGGAAAGUGUGGCGCAAAAGAUCAACACCAUCAGCAAGGACAACUAAAUCAGCAAGAACUGCCUUUCCUAGGAAAAGACACUUGUUUCCUUCACAGGCUCUUUUUAGUCCCAGGCACAGUUUACAGUCUCUCAAGAGGUUCAUCCACAUCUUCUCCUUUGUGGACCAACUCAUAUUUUUUGCAUGGUCACUGGUGUCCCCCUGUGGGUUUCAUUUUGCCCUUCUCAAUUCUCUGCUCCAUGUCAACAAGAGUUUUGGCCUCUGCCAUACUUGGCUAGUCCCCAUGGUUAUGAUUUAGGAAGAGAGAAACUGCUGGACAUGUCAGGCCUUGGAACAUGUGAUUUUUCUCCACCUCCAAUGGAGAAGGUUGCUUUUCACCCUCUUGUACAUUGUAAAAAAUAUCCUACUGUUCCCCACCUCUGCUGAGAUGAUAUAGCCUCUUUGUGGGGGACAUUUAUGGGACUAGGGUGGUGCUCUGCGAUCUUUUAAGGAGCCAUCUUUUUUCCUUGUUGAAAAUGUCUACCUCUCUGUUUGAACCUCAUUGCAUUAUGUGCUGACUUUGUGCAAAUGGGACAAUUGUGUCUGGUUUUAUCCAGAGAAGGACCUAAGCCCCCUUCUUGAUUGAGACAUUUAACUCGCUGGUGAUAACAGGGUUUAUCAACAGGGUUGAUAACAGGGUUUAUCUCCGCUUGCCAAGACUCUGGUUUUUCUUGAGGAUAGACUUGCAUGAUUUAAAACAUUGGUGCUCUGUUUUGAGGGCAGUCUUCACUUGUUUAGAUUUAUGGGGUCAGCAGUGAUAGGUUUACAGGCAAAUGGACCCUGAACUCCAAGCAAAUAAGGUGAAAGGAAGAAGGAAGCUGAGCUAUUCUUUCUUUUCUAGAUAUUUAUUGGUGCUGCUUGGUAAUGCUUAGUAUGCUAAUCCUAAUUUGCCAUGGAGUGAAACCUAGCAGAGGGAGAGAUCAUAUUACCAAAGCUCUUAGGGAGGAUCAUAGAAUUGGAAAGGCCCUUGUAGGACAUAUCCUCUUAACCCCCUGCUUGAUUCAGGGAAUCCAGAGAGCUAGAGCAUCCUGAACAGCCUCUGCUUGAAGAUCUCCAGUGAGGGGAGAUUCCACCCUUCUCCUCCAGGUAAUUGGUUCUGUUGAACUGCUCUUACUAUUAAAUAGUUUCUCUUUAUGUUCAACCUUGUGUAUCUUGGCAAGAGCCCCAAUCCUUUCCCCAUAUAGCAGUUCUUCCUUUGUGUGCAUGUGGAUCCAAGAUUGCUGGGGAGGGGUGUUUCCUCCUAUCUUAUUGGACCCCAGUUGCCCUUGGUUUUAAAGCACCAUGAGUUGCUUUUAACUCUGCAAAACCCAUUGUGCUUUACAUGUACACAAAUGGAGCUGAACCAGCUAUGAAACCCUAACUGCAAAAUUCUCCUUGACGCAGCUUUUUAUAGGCAAGGUGUGACCCAUAGCUUAGUGGUAGAGCCCUUGUCUUGCAUGCAGAAGGCCCCAUGUUCAACCCCUGGCAUCCCUAGUUAAGGAACCUGGGCUUGGGAAGAUCGCAGAGUGCUGCUAUACUGGGGUGCAUGGACAAUGGUCUGAUUCAGUCUAAGGUAACUCCAUGCGUGAAUAGGAGAGGCCUGAAUUUCUAGAAGAUCCCGUAUUGGGCAUGGUAGAUGACAAUGUCAAGAUCCUACCCACCUCCCACCCGAAGCUGACUAGGCAGCAUAGGGGACAGAGAGCUAACUAAUUACUAUCCAAAACUCUGCGAUAGGAUGUAUUGGGGGGGGGAGGUUAUCCCCUAUUCUGUACACAUGUUCCCCUUUUCAGCCAAAUUAUGCCAUGGAGAGGGAGAGGGUACAAAAGCCAGAGUAAAGGAGAAAGAACAUGGUCUUCAGGCACUGCUAAUACUAUGUUUACAUUCAGCCUUUUUUCUCUGGACCUAUGUAUGGAAUUGGUACUUCCAAUGGGUGCUUCAUUCCUUGGAAAGCCAGCCAGGGCUGCAUGGAGUCACUGUGGAGUACCUGCUUGCUGACCUCAAGCCAGUCUGUGGCUAUAGAAGAGAGGACUAGACUUAACUUUUUCACCAGUGCUUUAUUCCAUCUGGUCCCAGAGCAGAGUUUUUGAAGGAUAAUUGUGUGACAUUCUGGCCAGAGGCCUUUGCUUCAGUAACGUCUUUCUAUUUGUCUGGACAAUCUUUGGUGCUGUGACUGUGAUUGUAAAAUUAAGUACUGUGGACUUUCCCCCUAUGCUCUGAGAUGUUUUUUAGGGGGGAUGCUAGUUUCCUAUGAGUGUACAAACAAUACUUUUGCCUCUUCCCUGAAAAGGGAGAAUCUGCUGUAAAGCAGCCUGUUCUUCAGUAGCCAAAAAAGCAGCAGACAGUCCAAGUUACUUUUAUUUAAAGAGGCCCACAACUUAAGUUUAAAAUUGCAUGGUUAAAUGUUUUGUGGAUUAUGUGCCUGUUACAAGCCUGAUGCCAUAAGUGAUUGGGCGGAACUAUUUGGCACCUGUAAAAAAUGUUAAGCAAGAUUAGUAGUGCAAGAUGCCUGAUUUCCUUGGCAAUUUUGAGAGAAGAGCUCAAAUGGGCCAGUUCAAUGCCAGCUCCAGCAAACAAGAAAGAGAGGCAGCACUGAGAGUGUGCUUGUCAGGAUGUCCUCCUGACCACCCCUUGAUCUUGUGUGGGGACCAUUGGAUGUCCAGCCCACACACAUGAACAAGAGAUGCAGAGAGCCAGCGUAGUGUAGUGGUUAGAGUGCUGGACUAGGACUAGGGAGACCCGAAUUCAAAUCCCCAUUCAGCCAUGAAACUAGCUGGGUGACUCUGGGCCAAUCACUUCUCUCUCAGCCUAACCUACUUCACAGGGUUGUUGUGAAAGAGAAACACAAGUAUGUAGUACACCGCUCUGGGCUCCUUGGAGGAAGAGCAGAAUAUAAAUGUAAUAAUAAUAACUGUAGUCGAGAAGAAAGAAAAACAAGUUAAAAUAAUCGACAUGCAAUACCAGGGGAUAGAAGAAUAGAAGAAAAAGAAAUAGAAAAAAAUCACAAAAUACAAAGAUCUACAAAUUGAAAUUGAAAGGCUGUGGCAGAAAAAGACCAAAAUAAUCCCAGUGGUAAUUGGCGCCCUGGAUGCAGUUCCAAAAGACCUUGAAGAGCACCUCAGCACCAUAGGGGUCACAGAAGUCACCAUCAGCCAAUUACAAAAAGCAGCUUUACUGGGAACAGCGUAUAUUCUGCGACGAUAUCUAUAACAAUUGACAAUAAAAUUCUGGCAUCCCAGGUCCUUGGGAAGGACUCGAUGUCUGGAUAAAAUAAGCCAGUCAAUAACACCUGUCUGACUGCGUAAACAAGAAAUAAUAAAUAAUAAUAAUAAUAAUGCACGAGGAUGGUGGGAUGUGCGGAGAACAUUCCAACAGGAAUGCUCUUGGUGCUCCCCUCCCUGCCCAUGUUCUGGGGCCGGUAUAGUUGAACCAGCACAUUGUUUACUAUGAAUUGUUGAAAUGCAGGGGAAUCCUGCUGGUUCAGAAGACUAAACUAGAACCUCCUUUAUGCCAUGCAGUCAACAUUUAUUCAACUGGGAUUUUGUGUGUGUUUACAUAGGUCUUGGCACAAUUCAGUACUUUCACCCUGAUCCAGAUGAAACCACCAUUGGAAGCAGGCUUCUGCACAUGCAGUCCUAACUAGAUGAGGAACUGUGCAUGCAAAUCCUCUCUUUGCUCCAGCUGCCUAGAGAGAGAGAGUCCCCUUAAUCAUGUCUGUCUGUUGAAGGAGGAGGGGCUGAAUAUCAUACUGCCUCCACUUCCAAACAACAGGGUGUGUAUGAUUACUGGUUCUCUAAGAGGGAUUUGCACACAAUUUGAUUUUACAUUACUCAAAAUAAAUAUUGGCAUACAUAUGUACUUGCCUAACCAAAAGUUUUAAGAUUCAUAUCCCACAUGCCUCUCAUUAUGCAUUUGUACUAGCCUAAAUCAACUUUACUUGGAGUUUUGCAAGUUCUGGCUCACUGUUCAGCUAUUUAAAGAAACUGGUUGACAUAAAGCACAGUGCUAUAUGCACGGUAGAAUAUAACAGCUGCACAAGAGUACUGUUUGUACAGUGGAAAAAAUGCACAAAGUUGCUUCACUGUUGCACACAUCUGCACAAUUUUUGUGCUUGCUCAACAGUGCAAACGUUAAAUUCUGUUGCAUGCAUAGUGUGUGCAGUAUGUCGGCCACUGUGAACAUAGCUUUUUUAGUGCAAGCUCCUAGCUUAUAGGAACUGCUACUAUAACAGCAACUGUCUUGCAAAGAUUAAGAGGAAAGAAUAGCAUAAAUAAAGGAAAACUAGCAUCCCCUCAAGUUUAACAGAGCUUAUGUUUUUUUAAAAAAACAACAGAUUUUGUUCUUAAAAUAAAAGUUAGCAAUUUC